GUCAUUUUGGUGGUUGUAGUGGUUUAUAGUGGUGUUUGAACCGUCCACUAGGUCUUUUGGGUGGUCUCAGUCGCGAAAGCUUGACAGGGCUGAGACAAUAAUUCGACCUUCUGCGAUUAAUAUAUAUCCACGAUCUACCCUUCUGCAGCCUCAACCUCAUUCUCUAGCUGCAUCAAUUGUUUAUAGGCACAGGCUUAUAGACUCAGAGUCAACAUGGCUGCCACCGGUGCUGCAAACUCUGAACCCUUCUAUGUCCGAUACUACUCAGGACACCAAGGUCGACACGGCCAUGAAUUCCUAGAGUUCGACUUCCGCGUGCUCGGCGAUGGAAGGAGCGCAUCGGCGCGAUAUGCGAACAACUCAAACUACCGCAAUGACUCCCUGAUCCGGAAAGAGAUGUGCGUCAGCUCGACGAUGAUUGACGAGAUCAAACGCAUUAUCAAGACCAGCGAGAUCCUGAAGGAAGAUGAUGGCAAGUGGCCGCAGAAGAACAAGGACGGGCGACAGGAGCUGGAGAUCAGACUGGGGAAUGACCACAUCUCGUUUGAGACAGCGAAGAUCGGAUCCCUCGUCGACGUCAGCGACUCCGCCGACCCAGAAGGCCUCCGCGUCUUCUACUAUCUUGUGCAGGACCUCAAGGCGCUCGUCUUCUCGCUGAUAGGCCUUCACUUCAAGAUCAAGCCGAUAUGAGCAGUGGGAAGGGGAAGAAGAAGAAGAAGGGGGGCGUUGUGUGGCAUUUGCGCAUUUUGCUAGGAGAAACGGGGCGUUUUGUAUCGUGUUUCUCGAUACCAUUGAAGGUUGAUCAGGGGAAUUACAAGAAAAGGCGUGCGUUUUGAGGCUGUACAGCUGUACAAGGACCACAGGGACCGAGCAAGCAGACCAAACAUGAUCAAAUGAAUGUAGAUAUCCGCAUGGAGGAGGAAUAUUGCCUUUCCAGCACUUUCGCCCUGACACUUUGACACUUUGC